AUGCGAGAACAAUCUCAACCAAUAGAAGAAAGAAUACGACUUCGAUCUCCAGAACAAACGCAUUCAUUUUCAAAAUCACAGCGAGAUGAAAUUAAAGACUCAUUACAAUCCAAGAAGAACCAUUGGUUAAACUUGAGUAAAUCUACCAAAUCUAAAGCUGACUCGUGCAAGAAUGAAUUUUUGUCAAUCAUAAUUAACAUCGAUUCUAUCUUGCUUAAAAUUGUCUCGUUUGAUUUCGAUGAACGUUCAAAAAUCGUAUCGGAAGUAUUACCAAGUGAAAGGUCAUGGAAAUUACUCGAUCAAGAGAUAAACGGCUUAAUUUCCAGAAUUGAAAAGUAUUCCAAAUUAGUCAAGGAGAAGAUUAUAUUUGAGUUUCUAAAAAUCCUCGUCUGCAUACUAUUCCAAGCCAGAGCAAUUAUACUCAAACGAAUAAACUCAAUAUUAACCAAUGUAAUUGAUUCCUACAUCAAGAAAAAUGACGAUAGACUAAACACAAAAAUCAUUGAAUUGCAACAACUAGCAUUAUCAAAUAACACCCUUAUUCUAGAACAUUUUAUGAAUUCACGCCCAAGUUUUAUAAAUACAAGCAUACCCUUAAGAUUCCCAUCAACCUGGUUUAAUAAAUCCCUAAGUUUGGAAAUUCCACAGCGGGAUUAUAAUUUAAAGAAUUUUGAUAAUAAUAUUAAACCAACCAAUCAAGUGUAUUAUUUGCCUUUUGGGGUAUAUACUAAUAUGAAUGAAUUCACGGCAUUUUUGUUUAAUAUUAUGAAUGAAUUCAUUGAUAUUUACAACAAGUAUAAUUCAAGCAAUUCUAUCAAUUAUAAGUUACAAUGUGGAUUAUCUUAAUAGUAUACAGAUUUACAAAUUAAUAUAUACUGAGGGGGAGCAUCUAAUGCUGCACUCUGACGUCAUUAUCAUUAUCAAGUUUCUGAGCAAGACUAGUUAAAUAUCUAAAUAAAAGUCAAAUACCAUGCUAGCUUGAGCUCAUAUACUUCUCUUUAUAUAUCCAACUGUUACCAAUUGUCGUGAUUCCAAAAAUCUCACUUAAUCUUAACCAAGCAGCAGCCUUACAUAGAUCUUUCUUAUGAUAUUUUGUCUUAUUACACCAGAUAUCUCCCAAUUGAGUCAUAGAAUCAAUAUUCCCCAUACUUCCAGCUUUACUUAAACAUGCAAUUCCCACCAAUUCAUCCCUAUGGUCUAACCCCCACCCAUUGAUCAAGAAAUUACCCAAUUCAUGAUAUGCCACCGAAGCAAUGUCUAGUUUGUUUUUACAUAUGUGGAUAAUCUUUGUUAUUUGAGCUUUGGAAAGGGAUUUGAAUAUGGGGUAUAACAUGAUUGGGUCAUUGCCGUUCAAAUGCUCAUCCUUGUUCAUGGUGACUUGUAGAUUCUUCAUAAUGAGUCGGAUUAAUUCCUCGGCAGAUAACGAAUUUAGUUUCUCCAGGAUUAACGCUGAAUUGGAUGAGUUUAUAUGGGGGAAAUUCAUGAGUAGACAUUUACAUAACCACUUUAUAGCAUGAUGGUCAUUCUGUCUAACACCUUGGCCUAAAUGCAAUGCCAUGGAAUAUAAAUACAUUGCCUUGGUAUCGAAAAACGGUUCAUUGGCGGCAAUUUGUAAUUGAUAUGAUGCUUCACGGUGUUUACCAAUUUUCCUUAAUUCUUGGGCAAGACUUAUUCUCGCCUCUGCUGUAAGUGAUUCAUUUUUAUAUGGAAGUACAAAUGACGAGGCUGAGCCAUCAGAAUUAAUUCGUCUAGGUUCAGGCAUUCCCGUAAAUGUAGAUUGGGAAGAACCGGAAGACGGAGAUCUAACCGGACUCUCUUCUGACGCAAAUGAGUCGAAUGAUUCUUCUUGAACCAGAUUUAUUGCACUUGGAGUGCUUGAAUUCGUAUCGGUUUUAUUUAAAGUAGCCAUAUUUGAUUCGAUUGUUUCUGAUGAUUUACUUAUAUUUUCAAAAACAAGAUUCAUAGGAACAUGUCUUAUAUGCUGUUGAACAAAUGCUUGUUGGGAAGUUCGGCGAUGGGUUGGUUGUUGAAAUGGUUGAAAUGUGCCUAUCGACAGUUUGAUAUUACGUGGUUGAACAUUGACACCUUUAAUCAGUAAAUUACUCUUUGUGUUUUGCGCUAAUUGUAGUCGAUCCAAUAACCUUCCCGUCGAAGUUAUAGAACAAUCAUCGGGCUCGAAAUCUAGUUCGUCUUCACCUUCGCUUAAUUCUAACCGAUCUAGUAAUCUACCAUUGGUACUGACAGAUUCGAACGAAUAUAUACUCUCACGAU